AUGUCGUCUCCAGUGAGCGCCAACAAGGUCGCUGCCAGGCGGCUGCAUGCUACAGCACAGCACUUGAAGCCUGUGGGUGUUGCUGCUGCGGAGAACUACCCGACCAGCCACGAGCAGAUCAAGUCGCCUGAGGACACGCCGAACUUCCUGGACAACAAGUUCGUCGCCUCCAAAGCGACCAAAUGGAUUGACCUGCACGACCCUGCCACCAACAACCUGGUGACCAGAGUCCCCCAGAGCACCGAUGAGGAGCUCAAGGCCGCGGUCGACAGCGCCGAGAAGGCGUUCCCGGCGUGGAAGGCGACCAGCUUGCUGCACAGGCAGCAGAUCAUGUUCAAGUACACACAUCUUAUUCGUGAGAACUGGGACAGACUGGCUGCCAGCAUCACGCUCGAGCAGGGCAAGACCUUUGCUGAUGCGCGUGGCGACGUUCUCCGUGGUCUGCAGGUCGCAGAGACAUCCUGCGGCAUCACCACUCAGAUGACCGGCGAGGUUCUCGAGGUGGCCAAGGACAUGGAGACUCGCAGCUACAGGGAGCCCUUGGGUGUUGUAGCUGCUAUCUGCCCCUUCAACUUCCCUGCCAUGAUUCCUCUCUGGACGAUCCCCAUCGCCGCCGUCACUGGCAACACUGUCGUUAUCAAGCCCUCGGAGCGCGACCCCGGUGCGUGCAUGAUUCUCGCAGAGCUAGCCGAGAAGGCCGGCUUCCCUGCCGGUGUGAUCAACAUCAUCCACGGCUCAGCUAAGACGGUUGACUUCAUCCUCGACGAGCCCCGCAUCAAGGCCAUCAGCUUUGUCGGCAGCAACAAGGCUGGAGAGUACAUCUACUCGCGCGCCUCUGCCAACGGCAAGCGCGUCCAGGCCAACCUGGGUGCUAAGAACCACGCCGCUGUCCUUCCCGACUGCAACAAGAACCACGCUCUGAACGCCAUUGCCGGUGCUGCCUUCGGUGCUGCUGGACAGCGAUGCAUGGCCCUCAGCACUCUUGUCCUGGUCGGCGAGACCAAGGACUGGGUGCCCGAGAUCGCUGAGCGUGCAAAGGCGCUCAAGAUGGACGGUGGCUUCGAGCCGGAUACCGACCUUGGCCCUGUCAUCAGCCCCGAGUCCAAGAAGCGCAUCGAAGACUUGAUCGCCAGCGCUGAGGAGGAGGGCGCCACCAUCCUGCUCGACGGCCGUGGCCAGAAGCCUGCGUCUGGCAAGUACGCCAACGGCAACUGGGUCGGUGCUACGAUCAUUGCCAACGUCAAGCCCCACAUGAAGUGCUACACCGAGGAGAUCUUUGGCCCGGUGCUGGUCUGCUUGAACGUCGAUACUAUCGACGAGGCCAUCGACAUGAUCAACAAGAACGAGUACGGCAACGGCACAGCCAUCUUCACGCGCUCCGGCGCUACCGCUGGCAAGUUCCAGCGCGAGAUCGAGGCCGGCCAGGUUGGUAUCAACGUGCCGAUCCCCGUGCCUUUGCCCAUGUUCUCCUUCACCGGCAACAAGAAGUCGAUUGCUGGCGGCGGCGCCAACACGUUCUACGGCAAGCCCGGUCUGCAGUUCUACACGCAGCAGAAGACGGUGACAAGUCUGUGGAGGAGCGAGGACGCGAUCGCGACCAAGGCGGACGUUGCCAUGCCGACACACUCGUAG